AUGAGUGGCGCUCGGCGGCGUCCCCCGCGGGCGGCUGUGCUGGGCCCUCGUGAGACGGCUCAUCCUCACCUGGCCGGUGUUCGGGUGGACGUGCUUGGCUGGGAGCAGGGGAGGGCCACUCACGUGGUGUCUUUGUGCCCCUAGGAGGACUGGAAUGACGUCAACCCGAUCAAAAAGAAGGACUUUCACCAGAGUGACGGGGACGAGAGAGUGCACGACGUGGAGACCCUCCCUCCAGGGAAAGUGCGCUGGCGGGACUUCGACCAGGAUGCUUACAUCGCGGGGACGAUGGUCCGCGCGGGGCAGGACCCCUACGCCCGCAACAAGUUCAACCAGGUGGAAAGCGACAAGCUGCGGAUGGACAGAGCUGUGCCGGACACCAGGCACGACCAGUGUCAGCGGAAGCAGUGGCGGGUGGACCUGCCGGCUACCAGCGUGGUCAUCACGUUCCACAAUGAAGCCAGGUCGGCCUUACUCAGGACAGUGGCCGGUGUCGCCGCCCCCCCGCCCCCCACGCGUGUGCGGGGGGCUGCGGAGCCCAGCGGGGUGACCGGGGUGACGGUGGCCUCCCCCUCGCCCCUCUCUCCCAUCCCAGGCCUCAUGCGCUCGCGGGUUCGGGGGGCCGACGCUGCUCAGGCCAAGGUCCUGACGUUCCUGGACAGCCACUGCGAGUGCAACGACCACUGGCUGGAGCCCCUGCUGGAGCGCGUGGCCGAGGACAGGACGCGGGUCGUGUCCCCGAUCAUCGACGUCAUCAACAUGGACAACUUCCAGUACGUGGGGGCGUCCGCGGACCUGAAAGGCGGUUUCGAUUGGAACCUGGUCUUCAAGUGGGACUACAUGACGCCCGAGCAGAGACGGGCUCGGCAGGGGAACCCCGUGGCCCCCAUCAAAACCCCCAUGAUUGCCGGCGGGCUCUUCGUGAUGGACAAGCUCUAUUUUGAAGAACUGGGGAAGUACGACAUGAUGAUGGACGUGUGGGGAGGCGAGAACCUGGAGAUCUCCUUCCGCGUGUGGCAGUGCGGUGGCAGCCUGGAGAUCAUUCCCUGCAGCCGCGUGGGUCACGUGUUCCGGAAGCAGCACCCCUACACCUUCCCCGGGGGCAGCGGCACCGUCUUCGCCCGCAACACCCGCCGGGCAGCAGAGGUCUGGAUGGACGAGUACAAAAACUUCUACUACGCCGCGGUGCCUUCCGCCAGGAACGUCCCCUACGGCAACAUUCAGAGCCGACUGGAGCUCAGAAAGACACUGGCCUGCAAGCCCUUCAAGUGGUACCUGGAGAACGUGUACCCGGAGCUGAGGGUUCCUGACCACCAGGACAUAGCUUUUGGGGCCUUGCAGCAGGGGACCAACUGCCUUGACACGUUGGGCCAUUUUGCUGAUGGUGUCGUUGGAGUUUACGAAUGUCACAAUGCCGGGGGGAACCAGGAGUGGGCCCUGACCAAGGAGAAGUCGGUGAAGCACAUGGACUUGUGUCUGACCGUGGUAGACCGGGCGCCUGGCUCGCUCAUCAAGCUGCAGGGCUGCCGAGAAAAUGACAGCAGACAGAAGUGGGAGCAGAUCGAGGGCAACUCCAAGCUGCGCCACCUGGGCAGCAACCUGUGCCUGGACAGCCGGGCGGCCAAGGCCGGGGGCCUGAGCGUCGAGGUGUGCGGCCCCGCCCUGUCUCAGCAGUGGAAGUUCUCGCUCAACCUGCAGCAGUAGGAGGCGCGGCCGUCCUCCCCGCCGCCGGCCGAGUUGCGAUCACGUCGUCGAUUAUGUUUCUCAACUUUCCACGAAACUAUAUACCUCAGUAUCCAUCACGUCUGACGUCGGAAGCUGCACACGGCGGUGCCGGGCGCUGCGGUGGCCACAGCCGCUGGACGUGCCGGUCCCUCCCCGGAGGCCACGCCAGCCCUUCCCCCAGCGUCCGGGGGUUCCCCGCGUCACCGAGGGCUCCGGCGGGGCCCGAGCAGGGCCCGGCGUGGGUGCGGCACAGCGCUGAGGACCCGGAGCCCCGUGUCGGCCCCGUCACCGUCCCGCACACCGAGCCGCCACGGCGGGUCAUGGGUCCCCUCCCCGCUCCCGGCCCCCAGCCACGGACGCCGCCUCGUGACCCACUCGCUCCGUUUGAACGUGGACCUUCCCAAGCGGGCGCUGGGCACGAGUGCCCCGUCCUCUGCCUGCAGGUCGUCUCCAUCCCGUCAAGCCCCACGAAGCGGUCCCGGCCGGGCUGCCACACCGGCCGGGCCUCCCCGCAGCUGCCCCGGAGCCGGCGGUGCCCGGGGGCCGGCGAGCGUCACGCUGUGGCUCUGGCCCAGAGUCACUGCCCGGGCGGAACCCACCUCCUGCCCUCGAUCUGUGAACCUGGGUGGGUUCCAUGCUUCGACAAACACUGCUUUAGGUCUUUCUAAAUUAAAUUUCUUUUCUCUAAGGAAAAAAAAAACACACCCAGCUCCCAGUGACUGCCGGAAGCUGUCACAGGCCAGCGUUGGGCUGAUGGUGAGUGCCCUGGCGUGCAGGCAGCACUGUCAAGGUCACCUGCCUGCUCAGGCCCUCCCAGCUCGGGGACGCCUCAGGGGCUUCGGGUCAAGGAUAGCAAGGACGGGAGAGCGGGGUUUCGGGGCCCGGGGCGAGCCUGCGGGGUAGGGUGCAGCCCCCGGGGCGAGCCUGCGGGGUAGGGUGCAGCCCCCGAGGUGAGCCUGCGGGGUUGGGUGCAGGCGUCAGUGUAAACCCCAGGACAGUUAGGAAGAUGGAGUGAUGGGAAGAGACACCUGUCCCUGCAGGCCCCACCUUGCCUUCGAAGUGUCCCCUGUGCGGGGACAGACCCGCCCCAGCCCCCGCGGGUGGCUGCUUGGCGAUUGUCCUGGCCAGUGCGCUCCUUCACCCCCGCUGCCCACCCCUCCCACGCCCUGCCCCGUCUCCAGGAGGCCGGUCCCAUCAGCAGUCACGUGCUACCAUGCGGUGGGACACGCGUCCGAAACGCACGUCUUCAGGCCCCUUUGGGAGGGACCAGCCGGCCACACAGUGAGAAGUGGCCCCAGGAGCUUGUGCCAGGUCGACAUGGCCAAGGGCUGUUCUCUGUCCCGCCUGGUUCUUUCAGGGCAGACGGGUGCUCUUCCUUGCUCCCCACAGGCUGGCUGCUCUCUGGCAGCAGCUCAGGCACGGACGCGUGGCUGGGUGACGUUCCUCUGUCUCCCCGCUUUGGCCCCCGCCAAGCAAUCCGCUGCCUUUUCGGCGGACGGAGGGCAGGAGCUGGACUCGCUGCGCAGUUGCCCCUGACCGCGGGUGGCCCCCCCGAGUCUGCGGUCCCCGCGUCAGGCCGUCCACUGCCGCGCGGGGCGGGAGCCGCCGCUGGCACACGCAGCCCAUGCACCUGGCUCUGUUGUCGGACGUGUCACCUGUGAGCUCUCACUGCUUAGAAAAAUGUCCCAUUGAUGGAAAACAGAUUUUAAUUCGGCUCUUAACGACCCUUGGCCCGCACAGCUCCCCCCAACCCAGAAGUCUUCCCAGCCUUUGCGCCAUCUGUGCAGGGACACCCGGUCCCUAGGGGGCAGUCCCCGUCCCCGAGCUGGGCUGGCGGGAUGGCGUGGUGUCGUGAGCAGGGGUGGGCUGGGAGAGCUCCCACGAGGUGAGCUAUGUUUACAUGACACAGUGUGCCAAAGUGACUUACUGUGGUUGCAUUAUUUUGUAGUCAUGGGGACUCGCACCCUCCCGCGUUUUUACAAAUAAACAUUCUUUCGUAAGAGCCCCUGAGCACAGCCUGGCGAAGCUGGUCAUCUUCUCUGUGAUGGUCUUUUCUUACGUCUCCAUGAAACGGUGGCAUCUGUAUGUUUUGCAAAUUCAAAAUAUAGUUUGGUAAUUUUUUUUCCAGUUGAUUUUUUAAAAGAACUGCUGUACAGAGCUUGUACUUUGUCCAUUUUAUAGAUGGAAACCAUCCUUGAAAAUUGUUUAACUUAAAUAAAGAGAAGAUACUUUAUAGGUAA